UAGGACCCUUAUUUCUGACGUCAUAAUACGAUGACUUCAUCGUUACGUCACAAUCAACUUCAAUAUCAACGUCACAAUGCAUUCAGAUAGUUACAGCUGAAACAUUGAGAAGGUUCAUGUCAUAUUACAAAAAGAAAUAAGUUCUUCUGACGAUGGCAACGUGUAUUGGCUAUUACGAUGAAGUCGAGAGAGAGAUGGAAAGGAGAUUUUUCCCGAGGGAGGUGAUCGACGAGUACCAAGACUCCUUCUAUAGACAGUAUGGGAUUAUACCAAAUACUGCAAGGCCGCUACUGAGUGACUUAACCCACCAAAAGAAACAGCGAGAAGACGCUUUAAGCAUUGAGAAAGUCUUGAACCGAGUAAAGGAGUACUUUAGAGAAAUCCUCAAGGAUUGCAGAAAAAGCAUCAGAAGCGAACUUUUAAAAGGCAGACUUCCUAACCACGUCUUGGUAAAGGCCAAAAAGCUACUUGAUAUGUUUAAAGCAAAGAGAAAGUAUCUAAAGAAAAUGCGCCCGGAACAGUUUCUGACUCUUCUAAACGACCACAAUAUAACAACAGAAUAUUUGAGGCAGUACAUGCUGGACAAGCCGAAGCACUCUGCAAAAGAGAAAACAGACCUCUCAUGGUGUGUCACAAAGCAAAAACCGGAACUGACGUCAGGGAACAGAAAAUGGGAUAUCUCAAUGGACAAACUACUGAAGGUGGAGAUAGAGCAAGAGGAAGAUGAAGAGGAUGACGGUUUUGCGCCUCGUAAAUUGUUCCUUUCUGGCAUAGAAAGCUUCAAGCCAACCCCUGCAAAGGAUGAGGUGCAGAUCAUGGAAUGCAAGACCAUUCGUCUGAGACGUUGAUUGCAAUCAUUCCUAACCUUAGAAAAAUUUGAAGAGGAUGUUUGCUUAGUUCUGGAAAAAAACCCAGCUGAAUCACACAUUUGUUGCAAUAUUUUGACAUUUUAAAGGAAAUAAUGCUCAUCGAUGGACGUAUUUACAAAUGAAAAGAAAAGAGAGUGUUUGAACCAAAGACCCGUGAACAGUUCUUGAUCUACACUAUUUCAUGUUUUAAAUGCUAUAGGAUGCAAUUGACUUUUAACCUAAAGUUUUGGAAAUCUUGUAAUACACUAGUAUUGGCUCUAGAACUGCAUGAUUACAGGUUCUCAUUUUAUAUAUUUUUUUACUAUCAAUUUUACAUAGUUACAUAUACAUGAGUUGAUUUCGAUUCUUUUCUAUUCUCUUUUCUUUGUCAAUUUUCUUAUUAGUGUGAUAUCUUUAUAUUAAAAAUUGAAACAUUAUUGCAGAGUUUACAUUGAAUGCAGGUCAUUUUU